UAUGUGUGUAAACUAAAAAUAGAACAGUGACGCUAAAGGUAAACAAUGAAUACACGUGUAAUGGAUAAACAAACUUUUGCAGCGAAUGCGUAAAUUAAGAAGUUACUCAUUUGUCACCUGGUUAAGGCAUUGUUUUGAAAACUUAAAAGAUUUCUUUAAAGUAAACAUGGAUAUAGAUGACUGGAGAAUCGGGAAGAGUUCUUCAGAGCGGUACAUGCACAUGUUCGAGAACCAGAUAGGAUGUGACGUCACUUUCUCACUAGGAGAAGAAAGGACCAUAUCCGUUCAUAAGUUCAUUUUAAUCAGCAGAAGUGCGGUGUUCGAGACUAUGUUUUGUGGAUCUCUUGCUGACAAAAAUACUAACAAAGUAAUCAAGAUUCCCGAUGUUGAAGUUGACAUAUUUAUGUCAUUUCUGAAGUUCAUGUAUAUGUCACAGAUAGACCUGGACGACCAAAACACAUUACCGAUGCUCUACGUGGCCCGGAAGUAUUGUGUGGAGGAUUUAGUGAAAAUCUGCGCAGACUUUUUACGCGCCAAAAUGACACCGGAAACAGUUUGUGAAAUUUUGGAACAAGCCCAUACAUAUGAUAUCAGUGACUUGAAAAACAUGUGUUUGCAGUUCAUAUUUGAAAAUGGCAACUCCGUUCUCUUGUCUGCUGGGUUCAAAGAGCUUUGUUUUGACUGCGUCCAGCAGAUAAUCAAAUCCAAUGAUCUGUUUGUGGAAGAAAGUGAUGUUUACAUGGCGCUUACAGCCUGGGCAAUAAAAGAAUGCGCGCGCAGAAACCUGGAAACACAUGGAACCAAUAAACGUGCUGUACUAGGAAACUUGAUUUUUAAGGUCCGGUUUCCUACAAUGGACAGGAUUUUCUUCACAGAUGUCGUUUCGGCAGACGAUAUUUUAACAGACGCCGAGAAGAUUGCGUUGUUCCAGCAUAUGUUUGGAUCAUUUGGCAAGCAGGAUCUUGGAUUCCCUGAUGUAAAACGAGAGGCACGGCUUAUCAAGUGUAUGCGCUUCCCAAAGAAUGAGCAAGGCGGAAUUAGCUGUGAACCUGGCUUCAAAAACUCCAAUUUCGGCAUUGACGUACGUUCGUCAGAAGACAUUAUGUUACAAGGCUUGAUUCUUUUUGGUGCUUGCUCUACUUCCACUGGAUCUAACCAGUCAGAUUCCGUAUUCAAAGGGAUGUCCCCUGCUAUACCAAUAGAAGACCAGCACGUGAAAAUCGUUGUUUCCGGUGUUCCACAGCACCAGUCGGAAACACUGACAUUUGAAUACGACAAUGUUGAUGUUCCUUUGCAAGAAAAUUACCACCUUUUUCUCAAAGAACCAGUUUUGCUGAAGAAAGGUCGCUUGUACGCCAUACAGGUCAAGCUGGAUCUAUUUCUUCCAUACCAGACAUACAGUGGAAUGAAUGGGCUUACAGAAGUUGACAGUGGAUCUAUCAGAUUUAAUUUUUAUACCCACCAGUCUUUGAUAGCUACUACUGUGGAGAAAGGUCAGAUUGCCGGACUACUUUUCUCGAAGCUUCCCGAUCCUGAGCGAAGUGAGACGUCACUUUCUCCGCGAGGUUCGCCCGUGAAAAGAGACCUGAAGGAUGACUUCCGGCCAUGUUUCACGAAGAAAGAGUUAUUCCCAUCAAGCUCAUAUUAAGUGACAACAGAACAGUAUUUUAUUAAAAAGUAUAUUCUGCUUUUCAUAAAAUUAGGUACAGAGUUUUCUGCAACUUCAAUUGCCGUGAUCUUUCACCGGAUGUUAUUUCACAUGGUGUGCGGGAAUAGCAAACAAAUAAUUGACCUUCUCAGAAAUGUUACUCAAACGUUUGAUAUUUAUUUAUAUUUUACGGAAGUAGAAUUUUUCCUGUAUCUCUACUGUAGUGUAAUAAACUUCACCAUCGAAGUUCAAGUGAUAUUAUAUUUCAUAUAAAAUGUUUGUGCAUUGUAGCUUAUAUAGUACUACUAUUGUAUAGUGGCUUUCAACCUAUCACGAAAAAUGUGUAUAACGUUUUUAUAAAGUUUGAUAUUGAAACUUUGUUGCACACAUUCUGUGAAUGUGGGUACAAUGUAUAAACUGUACAUGGCACAACUCAGCUUCCGUAGAUAUUAUUUUCUCGUUCUUAAGAGAGCUAACUCCAUCUGUGUAUUUUUUGUCUACUCGAGUUGUUUCCCUUCUUAUUACCCUCUUUUGAUUGAUUUAUAAUCAUGUGAUACUUUAUAUUGUGAGUGAUCAUUUACAGCAGUAUGUAAUAUUCUAGAUUCUGGCG